UGACACGCGAAUUUUGUUGUUGCAUUUUUUCGCCAAAGCGUCGCAGCAAGCGCUGCAGCAAUAAGCUUCAAUAAAUCUAGAAGUACAUAGCAAUCGUAGCUGUAGAUAUUUAAAUAUAGAUCUGUCAACAUUAUUCCAAUCGAAUUGAGUCAAAUUGAAUAAAAUAAUGGAAGAACUACGAAAGCAUUUAUCUAAGGUGAACGUUCCCUGCGGCUCGGGCACCGGCACCGGCAUGGGCACUGCGCCCAUAUACAAAGACGAGUGCGUCUACUCAUAUGAUAAUCCGGAGACCCCGACAGGUCUGUAUGUAUGCCUAAACAGUUUCCUUGGCUUUGGUGAGGCAUAUGUUAGGCAGUAUGCCACUAAGACGGGAAAUUGUGUGUUCCUGCAUAUCAAGCGAGAGAAAACUUUGAAGGAGAGAGAGGCCCAGGAUCAAGAGACUGAUACAGAGGCCGCUGGUCCGGAGCGUAAAAUUACUCGUCUGGCCAUUGGAGUAGAAGGUGGCUACAAUGAGACUGAUAUGGCCAAAAAGUAUGAGAUCAAGGACACCUACAGCAUCGUAGUGUCCCCCCAUUUGGAGAAAAAGUUACCCUAUCCAGAUCCAGAGCUGCCAAUGCGCGUCACUCAGGCAGUGGAGGCAAUUUUGGCAGCCGAUUCGGCAAUUGCAAAAUUGGAGAAGGCCACUUUAACUGGUACUUGGGAUGGAGAAGUACGCCAGACAUCCAAAUACGCCGAGAAUCUCCAGCAGCUGGACAACGGCAAGAAAAUACCACCAUCGGGCUGGAAAUGCGAGAAAUGUGAUUUGACCAACAAUUUAUGGUUAAAUCUUACGGAUGGUUCAAUACUCUGCGGCCGCAAGUUCUUUGAUGGCAGCGGUGGCAAUGAUCAUGCGGUUGCUCACUAUAAUGAUACCAAAUAUCCAUUGGCGGUAAAAUUGGGAACUAUUACGGCGGAUGGCAAGUCGGAUGUAUUUUCCUAUCCAGAAGAUGAUAUGGUCGUUGAUCCACAUUUGGAAAAGCAUCUCUCCCAUUUUGGUAUUAACAUGGCAGCCAUGAAAAAGAGCGAGAAAUCGAUGGUGGAAUUGGAACUCGAGAUCAACCAGCGUAUCGGCGAAUGGUCCGCUUUGACAGAGAGCGAAAGCGAACUGACACCCCUAGCAGGGCCUGGCUAUACAGGAAUGCGUAAUUUGGGUAAUUCCUGUUAUAUUAAUAGCGUGAUGCAAGUGCUUUUCGUCAUACCAGAUUUCCAGAAGCGUUUUGUGGGCAACGGUGCUGAGUGUUACUUCAAAGAGUUUCCUAGUGAUCCGGCCAAUGAUUUUAAUAUUCAAAUGUCGAAGCUGGGAAAUGGAUUACAAUCGGGCAAGUAUAGCAGCAUUGUAGAGAACACUUUGGAUACGGAGCAUGCUACCGGAAUAUCGCCUGCCAUGUUCAAGAAUAUUGUGGGCAAGAAUCAUCCGGAUUUUAGUACGAAGCAACAACAGGAUGCCAAUGACUUUUAUUUGCAUUUGCUUACCCUAUUGGAUCGCAAUUCGCGCAAUCAGUCCAAUCCGGCCGAUGCUUUAAAGUUUUUGCUUGAGGAUCGAGUUGAAUGUCUGGCCAGUCGUAAGGUCAAAUAUAAGACGCGUGAGGAAUAUAGUUUCCGAUUGCCCAUCCCUUUGGAUAAGGCCACCAAUCUGAACGAGGUGCGCGAAUACCAGGAACGGGAGCAGGCCGCCCGUGAAAGCGGCCAGCGUCCUUCAGGAGAUAUUGUGCGUCACAAGGUGCCGUUGCAGGCUUGUCUGGAGCGCUUUUUCGGCUCUGAAUUAAUCGAGCAAUUCUUUUCGACAGCCAUUAAUGGCAAAACUAAUGCCAAGAAGUCCACCCGUUUGGCCACUAUGCCCGAUUUCCUGAUGAUACAUUUAAGUAAGUUUACCUUGGGCGACGAUUGGGUGCCCAAGAAGCUAGAUGUCUCAGUUGAUAUGCCCGAUGAUCUGGAUCUAUCGUCGUGGCGCUCUCUGGGCGGCCUACAGAGCGGCGAGGAGCCAUUGCCAGAGCCACCGGCCGAGCAGCCGAAAUUCACCUUUGACGAGGCUGUCAUGUCAGAGUUAGUCAAUAUGGGUUUCCCACAGGAGGCUUGUAAGCGGGCCUGCUUCCACACCAAAAACAGCGGUCUUGAAGCCGCCUCCAAUUGGCUAAUGGAGCACAUUGGCGACGAGGAUAUCUCUGAUCCGUUUGUGGUGCCCAAUAACAGUAUUGGCGAUAGUGCGGCCAAUCAAUUUGUGGCCAAUCCCGAAAGUCUGGCCAUGUUGAUGAGCAUGGGAUUCGAUGAGCGUCAGGCUGUUGCUGCCCUCAAAGCCACUGAUGGCAACGUUGAACGAGCCACCGACUGGAUUUUCUCGCACGCCGACAGCAUUGAUGAGCCGCAACAACAGUCUGCUGCUGUCCAGACCACAGAUGCGCCAACUUCCACCACCAACGCCACCAACUAUCGCGAUGGCUCGGGCAAAUAUAAGCUGGUUGCAUUCAUCUCGCAUAUGGGCACAUCGGCCCAGGUGGGACAUUAUGUCUGUCACAUACGCAAGGAUGGCGAAUGGGUCAUUUUCAAUGACACCAAAGUGGCCAAGUCUCAGAAUCCGCCCAAAGAUUUGGGCUAUCUGUAUCUUUAUAUGCGUGAAGAGUAAAAAGCCCAGUGGCCACCCCCAGUCCGCAGUCUGAUCUCAGUCUGAUUUUGAAACGAUAAUUAAAUUUAUAUAUA